AUUUUUUCUAACACAGAGACGAGGAAAUUCGAUCGAGCACUGGUGAAAUGGAAAUACAGUUUUCAGGAAAAAGAGCUCUUGUCACUGGUGCAGGAAAAGGUAUUGGAAGAGCCAUUGCAAAGAAGCUUUUGGAAUGUGGAGCUGAAACAAUUGCUUUGAGUCGAACCAAAGCAGAUCUGGAAAGUCUACAGAAAGAGGUUCCCAAGAUCCAGACCUUACAGUGUGACAUUGUGGACUAUGACGCCACGUGGAAGGCUAUCCUUGACCUUGGUCCAAUCCAUCUCCUGGUCAACAACGCCGGCAUCUCACGAAUAGGAAACUUCCUGGAUUUCUCCAUGAAAGAUUUUGAGGAUGUUUAUAAUGUUAACACAAAGGCAUUGUUUAACAUUUCUCAGGUAGUAGCUAAGGGUAUGGUAGAAAGAGAACAAGGUGGCUCCAUAGUCAAUGUUUCCAGUGUGGCAUCUAGUCGAGCCCUUGAUGAUCACAUUGCCUACUGCUCCAGUAAGGCCGCAGUGGAUUCCAUGACUAAAGUGAUGGCCCUGGAGCUGGGAAAGCACAAGAUCCGGGUGAAUAGUGUGAACCCUACGGUUACCUGGACUGAUAUGGCAGAGUAUGCCUGGAGUGACCCAGCCAAAUCUGGACCCAUGUUAGACAAAAUCCCAAUGGGAAAGUUUGUAGAGGUUGAGGAUGUGGUAAACACAGUUCUGUUUUUAUUGAGUGACAAGAGUGCCAUGACGUCAGGACAACACGUCGUACUGGACGGAGGGCUGUCUGUCUGGUGAUUAUCGUCUGCUGCGGGACCUUGGAAUGACCUUUGAAGGACCACUCACAUUUACUAAUCAGUGUACCUGUUAGUGACUGGAAAUAGUAACAUGAUUGAUGGCACAAAUUUACAGAAUCAUUGACAGUCAUUAGGUUGAUUGAUGUUGAUCAUCAGGAAGAGUUAAAGACAACAAUGUUUUCGAUGAUUAAAUCUGUGAUAGAGUUGAUCUUUUGUUGAGUAUAAUGAUUGUUAAUGAAAUGAUUGCUUAAAUGAUAACAAGUUCAUUUAUUUAUAGUAUUUUAUUAUGUAUAUUACUAUGUAUAGAAUACAUUAAGUACAAGCCAAAAUCUUUUGGUUUUUAAUUUUGAAUGAAUGAGACAAUCACAGGUUGGUAAUGGGAGAAACUUCUUCUGUUUUUCUGUAUCAAUUUAUUAAAUACAUGUACAUGUAUUCAUGCAGUAUUACAAUAAAUCAAAAGACAUUAAU